AUGCCGUUACGGUUUUUCCUGACGGACAAGCGCGGCGGCCUCUUCAAGCGCAAGGACCUCCUGGGGUUUAUCCCAGAGCUGGUGGUACGCCUGGACAUUGAGCGCCACGGGUACCAGCUUGUCGGCGGUCAGCUGACGCUGCUGCUGCUGGCGGCGCCCGACCACCUGAUACCAGCGCUGCUGGCGCCGCCGCCGCCACCCCACAACAACUCGCACCAGCGGCGGCUAUCGCUGUCGCUGUACGGCGCCGACGACGACAGCGGCGACGACUACUCCCGCGACGGCUCCUACAAGCGCCACCUGAACGACUACUCCAAGGAUUAUUCGAAAGACUACACCAACGAUUACUCAAAGGAUUACACUCAAGAGUACUCCCACGAGAACCUGGGUUUUUCAUUUGACGACUCGUGGGCGCUGCGCCCCGACGGCGCUAGCGGCGCCAGUGGCGACGACCGGUCGCUGGUCCACCGCCGGCGCCGGCUGGCGCUGGCGCUGCUGCUGACGCUGCUGCAUUUCAGCUUCAACCGCAUCGCUCCGCGCAACAAGCUGCUGAAGCUGGUGGUGCUGGGGCUGACCCAGGCCGACCACCUGAGCGUUGCGCUGAACCCCUACGAGUACAAGACGACGAUCGCUGACCUGUUGGCGCACCGCGAAUCGCGCAGCGCCAGCGGCGGCGUUAGUGGCGGCGACCAACGCACUACUAGUGGUGGCGCCGGCCGCCGCAAGCGGUGGCUGACGACGCUGCUGGCGCUGAACCUGCUGUUCCACUCGACCAACCUGCGCCACCCGUCGCCCACCAUCGCCGAGUUCGCCCGCCAGAACGUAUCGCCGGCGCUGCAAACGGCGGCGGCCGCCACCAAGAUCCGCGUCAAGCCGCCGCAAGCGAAGCGGCUGAUGGACUUUCCCCAGCCACCGCUGCCGCUAUCGCCGACAGAACACCUGUUUGGCCCCGUGCGCCCGCUGCGGCUGCCGAGCUCGUAUAAGCUGAACGGCAAGACGCCCCUCGCCCAGCAGCAGGCGACUGACCAGACUACAAGCAAUAAUAACAGCGCCGAGGGGUCGAUGACGAAGCUGUCGCUGGCGCUGGUCCCUUAUAACGGACGGUUAGCGCCUAAAGUCGAUCGCAGCGAGCGCAGUGAUCGCGAGCGCUCUGAGCGCAGCGACCGCAAUGACCGCAGCCACGACCGCUCCGACCGCGACCGCGACCGCAGUGAGCGCAGUCUGUGGCACAAACAGCCACCGGCGCACUCGCGCAACUACAGCUCGGGCACCAUCCACCUGGUCCACUCGCCCGCGCUCACCGACGUGCCCCCCGUGCCCCUCACCGACUCGUCGCUGCUGCUGGGGCUGUCGCUUGGCUUGCGCCGCUUCCUCAAAAAAUUCCGCCUGACCAAGGACGGUCUGGAAGCGCUGCUGGCGCUCCUCAAGAAGUACAGCCACCCGGGGCGCCUUUUGGGUACGGGUGCGCUGGGGCUGGUGCUGCUCGUGACGCUGCGCCACGACAACGUCGUGUACGCGGUAAAGAAGUUCCGCCCCCGCCAGGCGCCUCAAGAACUGGUGCAAGACUACCGGACUAAAGUCGAGGUGGAGUUUAAGAUCGGCCAACAACUAACCCACGAAAACGUCAUCCACACCAUCGAGCUUAUCACCGACAUGCCCACGCGGAAAAUGAUCUCCGCCAACCCCACCCUGGAACCUGAUUAUUACAUUGUCAUGGAGUACUGCGCCUACGACUUCUUCACGCUAGUGAUGCUGGGGCUUAUGACCGAGCCCGAGGUGGCGUGUUAUUUCAAGCAAUUAGUCCUUGGAGUCCAGUUCCUCCACCUGAUUGGCCUCGCCCACCGCGACUUAAAGCUCGAUAAUUGCGUGGUGAACCAGUACGGCCAGCUUAAGAUUAUUGAUUUUGGUAGCGCCGUGUGGUUCCGAGGCACUCAGUCUCAAGUACAAUACGCUAAGGGCAUCGUGGGGUCUGACCCGUACUUGGCGCCAGAAGUGUUUGAGUACGUCGACGUCGGGUAUGACCCCAGGCUCGCCGACGUGUGGCUGGUGGCGAUCAUCUACUGUUGUAUGGUAUUGCGCCGUUUCCCCUGGAAGAUUCCGAAACAGAGCGACACCCUGUACCGCAGUUUCUCCCAGGGUCACACCCCCGGCGACGCGCCGCUGUCGGAUCUGGACUCCGACUAUAGCGGCGGCGAUAACCCUUACGGCGCCCAGCGCCUCUUGCGGUUGUUGCCGCAGGAAAUGCGCCGCCUCGUGAAAAAGAUGUUGACCAUCGACCCCGAGCGCCGCUACUUAAUCUCCGACGUCGCCGACUACCCGGAGUUGGCGAAGAUCGACCACUGCCACAACUUGAACGCGCGCGAGUACUUUAUCCCCAACAACCACCGCCACCACCUCAUCGCCGAGGACGACGUCAAGAAGGGGUAG